CCGUCUCGAGUGGCGCGCUCGGCAGCGGUAAACGCUCGCUACGACGGGAAUUCAGAGUCGUAGAGCCUCAUACGCGGGUCAUAAACGAUCCGCGGCCAUAGUAGAGGUGCACGCGCGAGAAUCGAUCCGAAUCGCCGGCGAUAAACGCAUCUCCCGCGAGGCGAUCGUCGCGCGCCGCGUCGCCGCCGAGCGAUGAGUUCCAAGUUCAUCAUCGAUAGCAUGCUCCCAAAAUACCACCAGCAAUUCCACCACCAGAAUUUAUUUGCCGGUGCCGGAGCGUCGCCUAUAGAGGCGUCGCUGUCGUCUUCGCUGUCAUCGUCGCUGUCUACCUCGCUGUCUAGUUCGCUGUCUGGCGGACUGGGUGCGGCAGCGCUGGGAGCAGGCUCACCGGGUGCCGGGAGCCCGCAGAGGUCUUCAUCUUCAUCGUCGGCGUCGCCGGGGGCGCCGGCGAGAAUGUAUCCGUACGUGUCGCAUCACCAGCAGUUCGGAGGCUCAGUGCCGUUCUCGGCGGGCGGGGGACUGUCAGCAGCAGAUGACAAGAGUUGUCGAUACCCGACCGCCGUGGGUCCUGAUCCGAUGGUGAAUUACGCUCUGGGUCAGCACAAUGGGGGCGCAGCCGUGUCUGCUGCGUCGGCGAGCAUGGCAGCAGCGGCUCAGUUUUACCACCAGGCAGCAGCUUCGGCGGCCUCCGCAGCUAACGCAGCUACCGCGGACGCCAUGGGGGUGGCCUGCGCUCAGCCCUCAGCACAGACGCUCCCUGAAAUCCCCAGAUACCCGUGGAUGUCCAUCACUGAUUUUCCAUUUCCAGAUUGGAUGAACCCCUUCGACCGCGUGGUCUGCGGUCCAAACGGAUGUCCGCGAAGGCGAGGACGACAAACUUACACUAGGUUCCAGACUCUAGAACUAGAAAAGGAAUUCCACUUCAAUCAUUAUCUGACGCGCCGCCGCAGGAUAGAAAUAGCACACGCGCUAUGCCUCACCGAGAGACAGAUCAAAAUAUGGUUUCAAAAUCGACGCAUGAAACUAAAGAAAGAACUCCGAGCCGUGAAAGAGAUAAACGAACAGGCUCGCCGCGAAAGAGAGGAACAGGACAGAAUGAAGCAGCAGCAACAAGAGAAGCAGGCCAAGCUGGAAGGCCAGCAUCACGGACACCACGUCACACAUCAUCACGACCCGAUGAAGAUGCCUAUCGAUAAGGGCUCCAAUGACCUACUCAAAGUGAACAAGGUCCCCACGUAAGGUGUCCCCGACACCGAAUAGAAAAUCUUGACUGAUUCUGUAUCAUAUAGUGUGAAAUGUAUGGAAGUGUUGCGUCCAAAGGGACCCGGCGGUGUUAGUCGAUUCGUAUCCACUAGUUUUAUAUUUUGCGGCUGAUUCGGAAGUGUCGUCUUGUUGUGAAGGUGUGUCGUGACUAUUGUUUUGUAAUGUUCCUUUAGUGCAGAGGACUCGCCUCGAUGUCGGUCGCUGGGUGGACAGGCUGGUGAUGUGCUUUAAGCAUUUAUUUUGUUGCCAUAACCACACCUUGUAUUGCAAUAAUAUUUUACUAAAAUUUACAAAAGCGUUAGAAUCGCUCUAUGAUUUACUUAGGAAGCCCGAGUGAACUUCGGUGUUGUUAGUUAAGAUUUAAAAUCUGUGAAUCUCAUAGUAUUUAUUGCUACCACUUACUCUAAUCCAUUUAGUUAUUUUUUUAUUAAUAGAAAUUAUAUUAUGUACAUUUUGAUGUAUAUUUUAUUAUUUGUCCGCUGUUAGCGGGCUGGUUAUGUUUUGGUCGAAUUUUUUUAUGAUUGUAAAAUUUUGUUGUAUUUUAUCAGUUGAUUUCAAAAGAGUUACUUUUAUUUGACCAGAUUGUGAUUCAUUUUCUGAUAGUUAAGUCCGUGAAUUGUUAUAUUAUUAUCAUUUGAUUCUUUAAUUUUUGUAGUAUAAAUAUUAUCAGAAUAAAUACCUGCAUAGUUAUUACUAUUAGGAAUUAAAUUUAAAAACAAAAUACGUAUGGAAGUACAAUCUCUUUAGGUCUUCGUCGAGUGAAAUAUUUCUUUUUAAAAUUUCCGUCUUCAGGAACGAUAGGUAUUUAAAAAUUAGAUCGUAUUUUUUGAUGAUUCUAGUAUGUAAAAUGUCUCGUUCGUAAAUAAAACUGGUCGAUCAAAAUGAACAAAAAGAGAUCGUUAUUUCGAUCGUCAUAACGACGUUGUCCAAGUUCUUUGAAGUCAUCCGAUGUUCAAAAAUUAUAUACGUAACAAUGAUACAUAUAAUAAAUUACAAUAAUGUGACGUUAAUAUAAAUUUUACACGUAUAAUUAAAAGUUGAGUAGUUUAAGUGUAUUAUAUAAGCAUAUAGGUUCUACUUUGUAUGAAGUAUUGCUAAGUCUAGGUACCUAAAACGUAACUAACUUGGAUUUCGCAUUGGUCGAGCGCUAUUCGUAAUUUAGUUCAAAAAUAGCAAGUUCCUCUUUCAACGAAUAAAAGGGAAGUAUCUAAGUGUUUUGCUAAAUAUAGGUACUUCAGUUUCUUAAAAAUAAUCAAAAUGAAUAUCUAAAAUUGCAGUAACAAUGCAAAAGUUUCAGCGUAAGCUUUUGAUUUAAUACGAAAAUUACUAGUACCAUAAUGAUCGCUUUUCAUUCGUAUUGUGCCAAAAUAUUAUGUAAAUUAACAUAAUUGCAGCACGAUUCUCGCAGAAACCUCAGCGCUUAGUUCAUGUUUCAUUUAAAUAUUCCCUCUAUACGUAAUUACAAAGCAAAUAUUAGAAAUUAAAUGAAAUUUAGUCUUGUUAGUCACCAUUAUACGUAAAUUAACGCCAGGGUAGAAUUAAUAAAGUUAAUGAUAUCUGUAUUUAAGUAAAUCGUGUUUGGGCUUCAUUUUUAUAUGUCACACUACUCUUUCUGUCCAUUAUCCGUGAAAUAAUUAAUCUGAUAGCAUUUAAAGUGAAUGUCGUGAAAUCAUUAGUGAAUGAUAAGUCGAUAAGAUUAAUCGCUUCUUGUUUAGGACAUCAUAACUUCUAGGAGACAAAAAGGGCAAUAUCGGUUGGCAAGAAUCGCUAAACUACACAAGCUUAUGACGUCAUAACAUAGUGAAAGCUAUUCGGAAAGUAAUUAUGGAAUCACUCCAAAAAACUAAAAGUAAAUUAAUCAACAUAGUUAAGAUAAUAUAGUGCAGUAUUGUCUCUUUGAGAUAAACAUAUUUUCCCAUAUUAAGGUGUGCAAUAAUUAAAAAACACACAUUUCAUUAAAGCCAUAUUCUUUAAUCUAAGAUUAAUUACAAUUUAAGGUUGUCGUUAGUAAUAACUCUAUCCCAUCUUAUUUAAAUUAAAUAACAUGGUUUUAUUCGAACAAAAUGUACUUAAGUAACUUCGAUUUAAGUAGGCUUUAUAAAUUAUAUAAAAAAAAUAUCGCGUAUAGUCUCUAAAUUAAUCGCAGAUACUUGUACUAAACGUUAAGUUAACGUGGUUCAGACGGUUAGCAUUUCAAUUAACGUAAACAAAAACGCUUAACAUUAUUUAGUAUCGUUCGUAGCGAAAAACUGUACAAAGUGAAAAUUUGAUGUAGUUACAAAAGGGCGUAUGUACACCGGCGCAUUGCACAUGGUACGGUACGUAAUAUGAAGUUGUUGUGCUUACUUUUGAAUUUACAAUCGUUAUUCGUUUGCAUUUAAAUAAUCUGUCAACGAAAACUAUGGAAACAUUCGAAAUAACUAACAACAGGCUUCGUCCAAAUUUUCCCUUUCAAUCAAAUGUAACCUUCGUAACAUACACACUAGUUAUAUUUAGGUAUGUACGUCCAUUGAUUUAUGUCAGGUACACUUUAUUGUUUCUGAGUCGUAAAGAAUUGUAAUUUACGUGAAACAAUGAGCAAUUUUCUUAAAGAUUAGAUACGUCCUCCAUCUGUAAUGCUGUCUUGCCAUAUUGUAAGUUUCUUAGUCGGUACCUAACUGAUAUUUUUCAUGCUAUUGAAAUUAUUAUCGAAUUAUUUUAUUGCGUCCUCCGUUUUUUUUUUUUUUUUUAUAAUUAUAUCUCUAAAUUUAUUCUGUUAUAUUAAGUUUAAUUGUUGUAAACGUUAUAGUAUUUUCUUUUGAUGUUUUUUUAUUUAGGGAUAGCAAAACUUUUGUGAUUGCCUAUCAUUAAUAAAAUCGAUCAAUUCUAUCUUUAAUAUUAAAUGUAGUUAUGUAUCUAUGUACCUAUAUCUAUAUUUUUGAGUAUAGUAACUAAAAUCGUCUAAAAUUAAGUAAAUGUACAUAGUCGUGAAAGUUUUAUGUGGCGCAUUUUUUUUUUUUGGUUAUGUUAUGUAUUUUUAUUGUGUCGUUCACCCAUUGGAUUGAACACGUUCAUUAGAGAUUGUAUGAAUGUGGUAUCCACAGUACAUGAAAGUUUCAGUAUCGAAACAUUAUUGAACGUGGUCAAACAGUAUGUAAUAGGCGACGAUACAACGUGAGUGUCGCGGUACGUAAGCAAAUAGUUGGGUUAUUGUAUAUGAAGCCCACAUUCAAUAUUGUAAUAUUAAUUUCAAAAAUUCAAGAGAAUAAAGAGUUAAUAAAAACGUA